GCGCGGCGGGCGGCGGCGCGCUGACGGCCGGGGGCGCGGCGGGCCGGGCGGGCGAGCGGGGGAAGAUGGCGGAGCUGGGCAAGAAGUACUGCGUGUACUGCCUGGCCGAGGUGAGCCCGCUGCGCUUCCGCUGCACCGAGUGCCAGGACAUCGAGCUGUGCCCCGAGUGCUUCUCGGCGGGCGCCGAGAUCGGCCACCACCGCCGCUACCACGGCUACCAGCUGGUGGACGGCGGGCGCUUCACGCUCUGGGGGCCCGAGGCCGAGGGCGGCUGGACCAGCCGCGAGGAGCAGCUGCUGCUGGACGCCAUCGAGCAGUUCGGCUUUGGCAACUGGGAAGACAUGGCUGCUCACGUGGGUGCUUCCCGGACCCCCCAGGAAGUGAUGGAGCACUACGUGAGCAUGUACAUCCACGGGAACCUGGGGAAGGCCUGCAUCCUGACAGCAUCCCCAACCGGGUGAACAGACCACACCUGCCCCAGAGGCCCUCUCUCACCCAGCCUCACCACCCCAUUGCCCCCACUGGACAUCUCUGUGGCUGAGCAGCAGCAGCUGGGCUACAUGCCACUGCGUGAUGACUACGAGAUUGAGUACGACCAGGACGCCGAGACGCUCAUCAGCGGGCUGUCCGUGAACUAUGACGACGACGACGUGGAGAUCGAGCUCAAGCGCGCCCACGUGGACAUGUACGUGCGGAAGCUCAAGGAGCGGCAGCGCCGGAAGAACAUCGCCCGUGACUACAACCUGGUGCCCGCCUUCCUGGGGAAGGACAAGAGGGAGAAGGAGAAGGCACUGAAGCGCAAGAUCACCAGGAGAGAAGAGCUGCGACUGAAUCUGCGGCCACUGUACCAGUUCAUGUCAUGCAAGGAGUUCGAUGACUUAUUUGAAAACAUGCACAAGGAGAAGAUGCUGCGAGCCAAAAUCAGAGAGCUGCAGCGGUAUCGGCGAAAUGGAAUCACCAAGAUGGAGGAGUCAGCUGAGAUAGGCAGCCAGGCACAGCGGGAGCGAAGGAAGGAGAACAAGAACAUGGCCGGUUCCAAAAGGGGCAAGGAGGAGGGCAGAGACGGCGAGUUUGCAGCCAUCGAGAACCUUCGGUUUGAGCUCUUGUCAGACCGAGAGAAGGUGCUCUGUAGCUCUUUGAACUUGAGUCCAGCACGCUACGUGACUGUGAAGACUAUUAUAAUCAAAGACCACCUCCAGAAGCGACAGGGAAUCCCCUCCAAAAGUCGCCUUCCUAGUUACUUGGACAAAGUCCUAAAGAAAAAUUUAAACUUCCUCACAGAAGCGGGUGGAUAUCCAGGGUGCUUCUGAACAAGGGCACCCUGAGCGUCCCCAGACGCUUCCAAGGCCAGAGUGAUGCUCAAGUAGCUGGUGAGCCAAUGGCGUGGGGGGAGGGGAGAGGAAGCGCCUUUUCCCCUGUUGCUCUUUUAAACAAGUGAGUUCCUUUUUUAAGGUAUAAAAUCUUUUCACGGUCCUCUGAAAGAAGCAAUAGUAACAAUCUUAUACUGGAUCAUGGGGGAUACAAAUAUGUGUCUAUUUUACUUAGUCCUAAAAGUAAUCCUUGAAGAUGACGAUUGGCCUUUGCGUGUUCGUUUGGAGACUGUUAGGAAAUUGGGAUGAUUUCCUUUUCUUUCCUGAGCCGCCUUCCCUUUGGGUGCAAAGCUGUGGGUGCCAGGAGUGACGUUUUCCUGCUGGGCCGCCAGCCACCCAUCAGCUUUUCCUUGUGACACAAGCUCUUCUCAGGCAGGGCUGCUGUAGGCGCCCCUUUUCUGAGCCCACUGCUGGCCCUGGGCAUGCGACACUUUAUAGAGGCCCAUGGGACACAGACCUGCCCCUGUGUAACAGAUGAAGAACAUGAGGCCAGAGAACACCAGGACAAUUUCCUUACACAUUUGAGGAAGAAGCCUUGUUUACACAGUUGAUCACGUGAGCUUCCACUUAGCUGUCAGCAGCAGCCAAGUGUGAAUUUUCAACUCCCAAAUCCCAAGCCACCCUGCCUCCUCCUAGUCUGAACCCAGCCUGCUACCCACUUGGGGAUGCCCCCUGGGUGUAUCCUCAUCCAUCCCGAGGAUGGGAGUGCCGGGAAUGGGAGGGUCAUAGGACUGGUGGGCACUGCCAGGCUUCCUGGGGUGCCCUUUGCUGCUCUGACUACCUUGGAAGACUCCACGUUAGAGAGUCCAGGUCAAGUGCUCGGUGUUGAGUUCUGGCAUUGGCUUCCUCAGGAUUCCCACCAGUUAGAGGUCCCCUUUUCUUAGAAAACGAUGACCAUGCUAGUCUGCUAGGCAGAUUAUUUAGGGCAUGGCCAGGCCGACACUCAUUGGCCUGGCAGAGCCACAGGACCAGCUCGUACAGGCUCUGGCAACUGUGGAGGUACCCUGGCUCUGCUUGGGACUGUGCACUGCUUCCUGCUCGCUGUCUUGUAUACAACUCAGAAAUGGCUCCUUCCCAGCCCAAACGAAAAGCUUGUUUCUGGGGCCUUCUUCAAGGAUGUACACGGUACCUUCCUUUUAAACUGAGGAAGUCGCUUGUCUUCCGGCUGCUCAGGGUUCUCGUGCCCAGACCCUGCUUUAGAGUCCCUGGAUGACCACAGACCCACUCUCCCUGAGCUCAUCCUGCCCUGUGUCCCUGUAGGCACAAGAGCCUGUUACCUCCCAGAAUAUUGGGCUUGAAGUUACAUUAAAGUGAAGUUAUUGAAAGGAAAAAAAAAAAAAAAAAAAAAAAACCCAAAAAACAAAACACACACACUCAUUUCCAAGGAUGACUUAUGUGCCUUUUCCUUUCUUUUUACAUCCUCUGUCCCAUAGGGUGAGUUUUCAGCAUUAAGUAAAAACAUUCAAAUACACUGUAUAUGGCUUUAGUUGCAAGUACGUUGCAGACUGCCAGAGGAGCGCCCACUAGCUAGACCAGGCUUCUCAGCCGAUGCUGAGCAAUGGCAUGCUCCAGAAGCUGGCUGCGCGCGGUGCCAGAGGCCACUCACAGAACAGUUGACGGGAUGGUGCUGAGUCCUCACAGCGUCACCACCAGACGUUCUCAGAGCAUGGGUCUGGGACCUGUUAUAAAUGCAGACUCUGGACCCAGCACGGUCCUCCUGAAUUGGAAUUCCAUGGUGCAUACUAGCAAGCUAUCUGUCAGACCCUCUGUUACUGGGAUGGGAGCUUAUUUAACAGCCACUGGCUUUAGCUGUCCUGGUGUCUGAUUUGUUGAUUUCUGCACCACCAGAAUCCUAGUUUGUGAGGUUAAGUUGGCUUAUUUGUUUAUAUAAAAUGAUAGAACCUACAUUAGCUUAGAAGCAGAGGAUCCUGUAAAUGUGGAUGACCCAGGCCAAGAGCUGUCCAAUGAAAACCUUGUGCUUAAGCAGGUUUUGUAGUAUAUAUACAUAGUAUAUAUAUAUAUGUAUAUCUUUUUGAUGGUAUGAAGAAUUAGUUAGGCUUGACUGUUUAAAACACCAUAAUGAAUGUAUAAUUCAUUUAUGUCAAAGUCUUAAUAUGUUGUUUACAAUGGGAAAGUAAUUUUAGGAUGGUUGCACUCUUCUCCCAUCUGCUCCAGCUGUCUCUGUCACAUUAGUUCUUACCUCGGCAUUAGUUUGGAGCCUGACGUUUUAUAUUUAAUUCUCACAAUAAAUUAGCUAUCAUAAUUCUAUGAAGUAGAUCUUUCAAAAUUUACACAAACUUGUCUUUACCAAAGUCCAAAAAGAUAGGUAAUUUUUCAGCUAUCUGAAAUAAUGCUCGCUGGGAGGCCAACAUUCCAAGAAUGUAUUAAAAACUACAACUCUGACUACCGUUUUAUUACCCUUUUACACAAUUAAACAAGUUGAGAACAGAA